AUGCCAACUUUGGGAGAUGUGUGCGGGCUUCUCCGUUCAUGUAGAAGCUGCGGUUCUGGUGGUGUUUGGAUGCCUGAUGUUCAGCGACUUUCACAUUUCUCGGGCAGCUGUCUCGCUGCAGUGGCGGUGGAUUAUCCUUUAAAAUCGAUGGCCAGCCAGGGGCUCAUCAAGUCUGCGUCCCAGAUAUCUUCUCUUGCUUUGCUGAUGAACGUCUUGGUGAUCAUACCAACGGGGCUCGCAGCUCGCAUCACCACUGAAGGUGAUGAGCUGGGGCUGGACGGAUUCAUGGUUGGGUGCCGCUUCGCUGUAGCCUUGCCAAUGGUGAAUACUCGGAUUAUGGCAGCUCCUCAACUUCUUGCCUCAGCCCUAGCCAUCUCGCGGCGUUGCAAUCCCUUCUUCGUAUUCAGAGAGAUAUGUGUCGCAACCAGCCUCAUUGCCCUGUCCUCUUUUCUGGAGACUUGCAUCAGCUCUCAAAUCGAAGCCCACUUUGAGUCUGCAGAGGCUGGGUCCAUGUUGACGGCUUUCCGACGCCUGUUGCGGGGAGUGUGCGAUGGUGAAGUCUUGCUGGAUAGCCAGAUGCGCAUUCAAGGCGAGCCGCAGUGCCUCAAGCACAUGCUGAUGAUCAGCACCGCCUUGCACGGGAAGUCCUUUGAGAAUUUCCUGGGUGAAGAUGAGAAGCGGAACUUUGCCCAGCUGAUCGCAUCUUCGGGCGACGAAAGCAAGGAGGCAAGUCUCCCUCUCUGCGUGCGCGCUUGUUUGCGUGGCGCCAAUGAUGUGAAGGUGCGCGUGGAUAUGUUUCAUGUCCAGGUUCCUCAAUACUGGGGAGCUGGCGAUAGGUAUCACCUCGUCGCCUUGCGGGAGGACUCAGAGACACAAGUCCCCGACGCGAUUCCGACUGAGUUGCCAGACUUUUCAAGAAAGAGAGGACCUUCGUCCAGAUCGCACGGAUCCAACCAUUCCCAAGCAUCGGCCAGUUCCGGUGGGCUGCCUUCGGGAGAUCAGCUUGCUGGACUCCUCAGUGAAGGCUUGGGACAUCCUGCAGCACCUGCGCUUCGAGAGGUGCCCUGGGGUCUCUGA